UUUCUGGUUUUUGUGAAAGUCUUUUAGAAAUCUCAGCUCAUCACAAAGUUUCCUGUUCAGUCUCGUGGGUUUCAUGUACUCAGCAUUUAUUUGCCAGUCAAGGUCUAGGAUGGCUGCUGUCCUCUGCAGCAGCCUCAAGCCUAUUCAUUAUUGUCAUUUACAAUUUUACAGUCAUAAUUAUUUCUCUGUAUAAUAGCAUUCUGAGAUUUUCCAAAAUUUCCCCCUGUCCUUGUUUUACAGUGCGCAGAAUUCACUUUUGCUCUAACUUGACUCUAAGAUGACACAAUUUCCCAGUUUUUUCUUUUUUUAACGGCUGGGGGAUGGGGGGACAGGGAACAGAACACAGUGGUCUAGCUAACCGGUUUCCGCUAGACGUCCAGCUAUCUUUUAAAAUAUUUUGUUUCUGCAUGGCAACUCCAGGCGCUAAGAAACCACCCAGCUUACGACGGAACCUAGAGGAUAGGUAAAGGUCCCCUGCGCUGGCCCCGCCCCGUGGGACUUGGCGGCGUGGACGGGAGAGGCGGGGCGGGGCCGCACUUUGCUCGCCACUGUCUUUAUAGGUCACCCGGAAGGCACGCGGGGCCUCGGCGCGCUGCUCCCAGUGGGGCCUCUCCGCCACUCCAGUCCCGCGCCCUUCGCCACGGCCCUCCGGCGUCUGCGCCGCAGCUGCGGCCCCCGCCUCUUUGGAGUCUCUCGCGGCCGCAGCCCGCGGCCUGCGUCGCUUCCGGCAGUUCCGGACCGCGGGCGAUGGCUGCCGCUGGGGGCGCCCGGCUGCUGCGCGCCGCUUCUGCGGUACUCGGCGGCCCGGCCGGCCGGUGGCUGCACCACGCUGGGUCCCGCGCUGGAGUCAGCGGCCUGCUGAGGAGCCGGGCGCCGGGCGGGAGCGCCGGGGCGAGCCGGCCGCUGAGCGUGUCGGCGCGGGCGCGGAGCAGCUCAGAAGAUAAAAUAACAGUCCACUUUAUAAACCGUGAUGGUGAAACAUUAACAACCAAAGGAAAAGUUGGUGAUUCUCUGCUAGAUGUUGUGGUUGAAAAUAAUCUAGAUAUUGAUGGCUUUGGUGAGUAUGAAACGUUUCUUAAAAUGCAUAAGUGCAACUGUUAGAUUUCAAAUUUUUGUUUUGUUUUGUUUUGUUUUUUUAAGAAGUUUAACCUAUAGCAUGCUAGGUAAAAUAUUAACAUUCGGGAUGUGUUAGUGUUAUAUUCUUGUUUAUAAAUAAUAAUAGAGUGACACCGUUGUUCUGUUCUUCGUAGAUUUAAAUAACUCAUGAUCAGAAAUCUGCUGUGGCCUCAUUACCUUACUGUUUAUGUAUGCGAUGCAAAGCUGAUGGUACGGAGUAGAGUUAAAAGAUACCAGGUUAGAGAGAAUAAAUGUCCUAGCACAGAGGGGUACUUAAAUAUCUUGAAUGUCAGCUCACCUUCCUAGGAAAGGUAACUUAUCCUAGAAAGUGAUUUAUUUAGAAAGUUGUCAUUUUUAGACUUCUUACCAUAUGCCUUAACUACACGUGCAAAGCCUGUGUUCCUGCAGCUGCCCUUUUACACUUCCUGAGGCAUACCCUGUAUAUCACUUGUCAGUUUUGUUCAAGCACUGUGUGUCUAGAUUAGCAGUUCUCAGAGGGUUUCCUUGACCAUUAGCAUGAGUGUCACCUGGGAAAUAGAGAUUCUCAGACACUCCUCCCCCACCCGCCACCCCUGCCCCUGCCCCAGACUUACUGAGUCACAAAGUCUGGGAUAGGUCCAGCAUUGUGUGUUGUAACAGCUGUCUGUGUGAUAUUGAUGCAUGUUCAAGUUUGAGAACCACUGGUCUGGAAUAAGGUUCAAGGAGUGUAUCUGACUCUGCUUCUUUCAAGGCACUGUUCACAUUACCUUUAAAGAACCAUUUCUAGAUCAGAAUUAAUUUAUCUUUCUUCGGUUUGCCCAUGAUUUAUUAAAUCUACCUCUCUUUGUUAAUGCUUUUAACAGUUUUCCUUUUUAGAGAGAAUGGCUAUCUCUCUUAUUAGAUUAUUAGUUUUUGAAAGACUGCUCCAUGAGGUUACUCAGGUACAGUAGACUUUGUCGAGAGUUGGCAAUAAUAUUUGCUGAAUAUCUUUAAAAAAAUUUUUUUUGACAGGAUCUUGCUCUGUCACCCAGGCUGGAGUGCG